AUGGAACGUUUCCUCCAAGCCGAAACCCCCGAGAUUCCGCGCUUGGAUAUUCGUAAAUCCGGCAAGGAGUUGAAGAAUAAAAUUCGACGAUCUAUCGACGCUGUGCAACGAAACUUGCAAAGGCCACAAGCGUUGGAUUACGAUCCAAACACAGCCGAGGGUCAACAAAACAAUGUCGAAGAAAACGAGCCCGGUCCGAUGCAGGGCGGCGAAAUGGACCCCGGCAUCGGAGAAGAGCCCAUCGAAUUUGGUGAGGGGCUCGACGCUCUCAACGGGCUUCCGGGAAAUGCCAUCAACGACCAAGAAGCGCACGAAGUCGACUCGCUCGUCAACGAGCUUGGAGCGAAUCUUCGAGAGGAGGAGCGUGAGGCAAUUCACAAGGAAGCUCUACGCCUCUGUGCACUGCGCCAAGAUCACGCUUCCCAGCUGUACGACGAUCUUCUGCAGCAACGAGUUAAAGUUCAUAUUCGAACCAAAGGAGGGCGUGGAUUUAGCCUGAAUGGCGAGGGUGUUGAUUUUUAG